AAGAACAAAGCUCGUUACCAUAAAUCUCACAUCUACAGUUGGCUUCUGGAGGAGUAAAGGCCUAUAGACUUUUGCACAAAAAUGUGGACAAAAAGCCUUUCCAGAUGAGUUAAAGUAGCACUAUUUUACCAACUAAAUUUAACUUCCUAUAAUGAAAAUGAAAGCAUUUAUUUUAAUAACUGGAUUGCUCUCUCUUCCUUCUAGCCUAACUGGACAUCAACAUAAGAACAGCUCUGCAAGUCCAAACGUAUCCAUCAGAACCUUUCAUGGAAUUCAACAAGGAAUUUACGAGUGCUUUCCCCUACCUGAUAUGGAAGAUUCAACAACAUCUACUCUCAGAGAAUACAAAUGCUCUUCGGGAAAGUCAAAUGAUUCAACACUGAAAGUGAAUAAUACCACAAUACAGUAUCUGAGCAGCUCUUUGAGCACCAAACUAAUACCUGCAGUGUAUCUAAUUGUAGUUUUAUUAGGCAUACCAUCCAACACCAUCACUCUAUGGAUGCUAUUUUUCAGAAUAAGAUCUGUUUGUACAGCCAUAUUCUACACAAAUUUAGCAAUUUCAGAUCUUCUGUUCUGUAUCAUGCUGCCAUUCAAGAUAGCAUACCACUUCAAUGGAAACAACUGGAUUUUUGGGGAAGUCAUGUGUCGAACUAUGACUGCUAUUUUCUAUGGCAAUAUGUAUUGCUCCAUUCUACUUCUCUCAUGUAUCAGCAUUAGUCGUUAUGUAGCCAUCAUUCACCCUUUCACCUACAGGAGUCUACCAAAACGAACCUAUGCAAUCCUAGUUUGCUGCACAGUAUGGGCAAUUGUUUUUCUGUACAUGCUACCAUUCUACAUAACUAAGCAGAGCUACUGCUUGGAACAAUUAAAUAUUUGUACCUGCCAUGAUGUACAAAAUGCCAUGGAGAGUUUAUCAUUCCGAUUUUAUUAUUUUAUUUGUUUAGCAUUCUUUGGAUUUGUAAUCCCACUGACCAUAACUGUUUUCUGUUAUAUUGCUAUUAUUCAAACACUAAACAUUUAUGAGCAGAAGUGGCUAUGGUAUGUUAAAAUAAGUCUUUUAAUCCUUACAAUUUUUGCUAUUUGCUUCAUACCAAGCAAUAUCAUACUUAUUGUUCACCACAUUAACUACUAUUACAACAAGAGAGAUGACUUAUAUUUUUUUUAUCUUAUUGCUUUAUGUCUAAGCAGUUUGAAUAGUUGCCUUGAUCCAUUCCUUUACUUUUUGAUGUCCAAAGUCAAGGAUCAAUCAAAUAUUUAUCUCACAAUGGUCAAAAUAUCUAGGGAAGAAUGACAUAAGUGUAAUGUCCUAUAUUUAUUGAUACACAUACAUUUGAAAGAGCUAUAUAUUAUUAUUAUAUAUACUAGUGUGUGUGUGUGUGUGUGUGUGUGUGUGUGUGUUUGUUUCAUAAAUUUAGCAAAUUAUAUACAUAUUACACGUGUGUAUGCAAAAGUUUUGGGUUUUUUUGAGGGUUUUUGUUUUUGUUUUUUUUUAAACAGUGCCGAGACACUUAAUGAUAAAUGAAGUACUUAUGAAUAGUCUUUAAUGAAAAAGCAGCCUAUAUUCAAAAGUACCUUCCUGAAAGAAAACUUACUUGUUUCCAAUCUUUGUUAAAGUCUACUUAAAAUAGUUUUGCCAACUCUUGCAAUAUUAUCAAAAAGUCUUACAGUUUGGUGGAUUAAAGUGAGACUCAGCUUUCACUUAAGAGAAUCCCAAGUGUGAACACUAAAGGCCACAAGUGUCAGAAAACAAGAUAAGCUCGGUAAUAUUUUAAAGUAAAAUCUGAUGAUUUUUGGAAAUACUCAAUGCUUCUGUUUGUGACCAAUGUAAAAUGGUAUUCUGUCCUGCCUGCCUUUAAUACAAUACAAACAUAAGCAUUCCAAGGACAACAUAACACCUAAAGUUAAUAAAAUUCAUAUAUGA